UUCCAGCGAGUUCUCAUUAUCUCUCGCGAUACGAGAGCGCUUGAUACCGGUCCGCAGGCAUUUCCGUUUCCUCUCUCCAGCCAGAACCUGAAAUGGGUAUCUCACGGGACAACUGGCACAAGCGCCGCAAGACCGGCGGCAAAAGGAAGCCUUACCGCAAGAAGAGGAAGUACGAGCUGGGACGGCCUGCCGCCAACACCAAGAUCGGUCCUCGCCGUAUCCACACAGUCCGGGUCCGUGGUGGCAAUAAGAAGUACAGGGCCCUGAGGCUGGACGUCGGGAAUUUCUCAUGGGGAUCAGAGUGCUGUACACGCAAAACCAGAAUAAUCGAUGUUGUGUAUAAUGCCUCCAACAAUGAGCUGGUGAGAACGAAAACGCUGGUGAAGAACUGCGUGGUUCUCGUUGACAGCACCCCCUACAGGCAGUGGUAUGAGGCACACUAUGCCACCCCUCUGGGCCGUAAGAAGGGGGCCAAGCUGACCCCGGAGGAGGAGGAAGUCCUGAACAAGAAGCGCUCCAAAAAGAUCCAGAAGAAAUAUGAUGAGCGCAAAAAGCAGUGCAAAAUCAGCCCCCUCCUGGAGGAGCAGUUCCUGCAAGGCAAGCUGCUGGCCUGCAUUGCAUCGCGACCCGGCCAGUGUGGUCGGGCAGAUGGCUACGUCCUGGAGGGCAAGGAGCUGGAGUUCUACCUGAGGAAGAUCAAGGCCAAGAAGGGCAAAUAAAGCUUUUCAUACUUCAAUAAAACACCCUGAAACGUUA